GUUGGUCAUUAUGUAUUAUAUAUGCAGCUAUACUGGCAAUCGUUCUUCGUUGUGGUCCUCAAAAAUACGCAGGUCGCAGUCAUCAUAGGUGUCGAGAAAUUACCCUUUGUGACAAUCGGAAAAAUCAGUUUCUCCUCACUCUAUGGGAGGAUUUCGGAGAAAUAGAAGGACAUGAAAUUGCCUCUAAAAUGGCAACAGAGGCAGAUCUGAUUGUAAUCCUCGGAAGGAGUAUAGGAAUCUCUACUUUUCAAGGGUUGUCACUGCAGACUAGGUUCAAUUCCACAGUACGUGUGAAUCCUAAUUACCCACAAGCAGUAAAACUCAUCAACUGGGCAAAAGAAAACAAAACAAUGUUGUUAAGUCGUGCGUCAGAGAAAGCCUCAACAAGCUCAUCUGUCACUCCCAUGAUAGUCACUCCUAUUGGCCAACAAGUUAUCUCUGUUGCAGAAAUCUCAUCAGCACCUUCUAUGGGAGUGUUCUAUGUUGAAGCAGAAAUGGCCAUAUUAGAUGAAUUCUAAGAGUUUUGUGUGCUUGAAUGCUCAGGAU